ACUGUGAUUGGGAAUAUAUCAUACCUUGCAUUGGAUUACACUACUGGAGAGUUCAUCAACCUGAUUGGAAUUACCAAAAACAUUUAUAAUCGUGGAUAUUCAACAUCAGACCAAAUCCGAACACGCAUCAAUUUGGUGAAUUCAAGCGAGACUCUAAUAUAGGGACGAGCCAAUCAGAAGCGUUUGAGCAAUUUCAAGGUCACGGAGCCAAGUUCAACAGGCGCUGCUAACAUACGAUCGGUUCACAGCAGAUUUUAGAGAGUAGGUGCAUAAUGAGAAUUGAUUUUUUCACCCCUAUUUCCACCAUUCUGUUCAAUUCACUUGCUAUACGUCACUUUCUUUCAUGCCACAAAAGAAAAUGAAGACCCUGCUCCUAGGCGUUCAGCCAAACGUAGGAAAACGACACAAUUUAACACCACUACUGACACGAUUUCCAACAGUUUCAACGAGACGAGCCACUCCGUUCAUCCGGAAGCAGACAAGCUUUUACCAGCUGUCUCCAUUCCAGACAUGUUGAAAACUCUGAUGGUAAACAGUGAUGAUAAUCGCAACUGCAACCAUAUGGAUGCUAUAAAAAAGUUGCAAGUAGACAUGAACAUUCUCAAUCCGCUUAAAUAUCUCAUCAACCCCAACCUCACAGAGACUCCAGAUCAAAUGAAUGACAUAAAUAUUUUCCUAGAUCGUGUUGCAUCGGAGGUAUUUGAAAGAAUAAGAUAAUCUAGCAAUGCAAUUGUGUUUAAUAUUCCGGAUACAAAUGCCCUUAAAAAUAUCAAAUCUGGUCUUCUUCGAGCCAGCAAUAUGACACACGUACCAUGUGUAUGCACAAGAUUAAAAAGAAGUCAUCCUGGUAUGCACUCACCGAUCUUGUUCAAAUUCAACUCAUCUGUAGACGCCAGUGAAUUUUUAAAUUCCUCCAAUUCAUUGGGACAAAAGCAGAUUUUCAAGGAUAUUAAGACUCUUCCGGAUAAAACACCAUGCCAGCGAAAAGCAGGAAGAAAUAACUACAGACCAUCAGCGUCAAACUCUCAAACGCAUCAUAAUCCUAAUGGUUGUAAAGUUAAGUCCGAUUCUAAGAGGACGUCUAGCUUAACAACUUUGCCGCCACCGAAAAACUCUACUGAAUCUCAUAAAGUUCAAAACCCAGAAGAAAGUAAUCCCGAUGUAGGUAGUGUCCAUCCUCUUAAAAAUGUUGACUUAGAUUCAACCCGAAGUAGUUGUGCUGAUGAAGAAUGGGAUAACACAAUCCAAACCGCUGUUAGUGCAACACCCAGUUACAGUAACUGUGCAAUGGAUAACAGGAAAACUAAUCAUAACACUCAUAUAACUGACCACGCACUUAACGUUGAUAUAUUCGAACCUCGCAAACCAUCGCAAGUAUGUUUAACAGUACACAAUCCUCUCCAACUUUUGAAGAAGCCGAAAUCAACCACAAACCUUGGAAAUAAACGUCUUAAACACGUUACCCAUACGUCAGGUAUAAAUAGUUAUCCGAAUUGUAAUUGGCCACUUGGUCACAACCAUAUACCUGAUAGCUUUCUUGGUCCGGCUCCCAAUAUGUACAGUAUGCCCUUAUCAGUUGUUAUAUCCAAUAGCAAUGAGAAGACCUUUUUUGUAAUUCCGCCGGCUUUCCUGCCGGCAACGGUAAACAUAUUUCACAUGAUGACAAAGUGGUUGAAUCUAUUUCCCCUCGCAACACGACUCUUACCUUAGCUAAUCCUAUGAGUAUUCAUGAAACUACCAAUUGCGAUUUAUACUCUAACCUGCUUCAUUAUGAUGACUCUGAGUUUCUUAUUCUUUCGUUCAAUGCCCG